UUUGUGCGUUUCAUAUUUGUAAUCAGUAGCAAAACAUUGGCAAUGAAAUUGACUGAUGAAAGUAAACUGUUUCAUUACGGUGUUUACGCAAUUGUUGCCCAAAUACCGUACGGCAAAGUGACAAGCUAUGGACAUAUUGCCUAUCUUCUUAAUAAACCCCAGAAUUCAAGACAAGUGGGUUCGUCUUUGAAGCACCUUUCUGGAAUUAUAAACAUCUUGAAUGCUGAUUUGGAUACAGAAUCAGAAAUAUACAUCGAUAUAAACACGUUGCCCUGGUGGCGUGUGCUUCUGAGUUCUGGCAAGAUCUCUCCUCGAGAAAAUUCAAAUGGACAAUAUAUCCAAGCUGAUAGAUUGAGAGAAGAAGAUGUGAUUGUCCUGGACCUGCACAUCGUAGACAUUGAAGAAUACGGAUGGUUCCCUGAUGAAGUCGAUUUUUAAAUUAUUUCAUUUCUAUAAAUACAAGGAUAAUAAUUUAACUAUAAUACAUAAUUAAUAUACUGUUUGUCCUUCCCGUUCAACACUUCUAUCUUUAUGAGUCUUGUGUUUUGAUUUACCAUCUUUAGAAAAGCUUCCUUCUCGUGAAGGGCUGGAUUUUCCCUUAUCUUUUCGUUGCGAUGACGGCUUAUUCUUGUUUGUGGCAGUUUUCUUAUCUUUGGGUGUCAGUUUUGAUUUACGUCUCUCUUCAGGUUUGUCUAACCCCAUUUCCUUUUGCACUCUCUUUGACUCCUCUUCCCACCAUUUGGCAAACUCUUGUUCUUGCUGUAUUUCCAGUAAUGAUUUCUUUUCGUUCUCGCGAGCCUUGUCUUGUUCCAAUUUAAGUGAUUCAUGAAUCAUCACUUCUGUCAACGAUGGAGUUGAAUAGACACUAUUAAAUGAGGAGUCAGGAGACAUCGAAAGCGCACUGGCAAAUGUAGGUGCAGAUGUUGCUGUAGACUUUUCAGCUUUCGAAGUGCACCCUGCAGGAGUUGGAGAAAUUGACUUGGAAAAUGAAACUCUGGUAGCAGAAACUUUCUUGUUUCUAGAUGAACCCAAAAUUGGGAGCCCUUUCUCAUUUGAUGAUUGGUUUGAAGGUUCCUGUGUAGCUAUAAACCAAGGAGCUACGCUGGAUGAUUCAGGUUUGCUAGUGCUCUCUUCGGUACGCAGAGCUGCUGCUUCGGCUGCAAGUCUUUUUCUUUCCUUCUGUGAUAGUUUAACAACUGGAACCAACUUAGAUUUACUCGUUUUUGGCUUGGAAUCUACUGCCUUAUUAGUGCUGGAUAUGACUGGAAUAGACUUAUCUGAAAGGGUGGGGCUUGGGCUUGAUUGAGAUGCCCAAUUAAAUUGUGGAGCAACUUCGCCUGGAGGUUUAGUCAAUGGAGAUUUCAAUGUAUCACUAG